GUCGUUAGUUCAAUUAAAGCCAGUGGUGUGCGAACAGUUUCAAGUCGAGUUACACAUAAAUCCUAAAUAUACCAACAACAUGAAAUUCACUCUGCUGCUGCUCAUCGCCAGUUUGGCCUGCAUCCUGGCCGCACCUGCUCCCGCCGCCGAGGAGCAGCAGGAGGAGUCCUCUGUCAAGGCAAAGCGCGGCAUAUCAUUGGGGCUCGGCUACCAUGCCCCCUUGGUCACCCACUCGCACUACAUAGCUGCACCCACGCUGGUGCAUCAUGCCCCAAUCAUAUCGCAUGCCCCACUCAUCGCCCAUGCCCCGCUGAUUGCCCACCAUCCGGUGUCUUCGGUGUCCUAUCACCUGCCCACCUACCACUCCAUCCACCACUUCUAAUUAGGCACGCACACGGAGCGGCGGAUCAAUUAGACACCUUUGUAGUGCAGCAGCAUUGCCGAAACAUUCGCACGUGCAUCAGAUUUCCUGCCCAAACAAUUCCCGAUUGCUAUGUAAAUAAAUGUUAAAGUCAAACGUGUGUCUUCAAUUCAAUUUAAAGAGUUUUAAAUUUAGCCCUAAAAACUCACUGCAAUCACAACAAAACUUCCCACAGAAACCCAAAAGAAAAGCUUAACAAUUUUGCAUAAAUUACGGCUUACAAAUUAGGCUUACACAAAUAACUUAGUUUAUUGGCUUACAGUUUAAAAUUAUAACUAAAACGUUG